AUGGGGUCGUUGGGUGAGGCUUCGUUCUCGGCUCCAACCGAAGUCGUGAGCGCAGAUGGCUUGCUGUUUGAUUUUGAUGGUACCAUCAUCGACAGUACUGAGGCUAUCGUCAAGCACUGGCAUAGUCUAGGCAAGGAGAUGGGUGUAGACCCGGAGGUUAUUCUGCAGACAUCCCACGGUCGGAGAAGUAUAGACGUAUUGAGACUGUACGAUGAGACUAAAGCGAAUUGGGACUACAUCAACAGAAUGGAGGGGUUGAUCCCACGAGAGUAUGGCAAAGACGCGGUUGAAAUCCCCGGCGCUCGUGAUUUGUUGGAUCAGCUAGAUUCGUUGAGUGUGCCAUGGGCUGUUGUUACAUCAGGGACCCGAGCGCUGGUAACAGGCUGGAUUGAUGUAUUGAAGCUCAGUCCACCCCGAACCCUUGUGGUCGCCGAGGAUGUUGAAAAUGGGAAGCCCGACCCAGCGUGCUAUCUGCUAGGCCAAAGGCGCCUGGGCAUGAGCGACAAGGCCAACAUGAUCGUCUUCGAGGACGCGCCAUCAGGGAUCCGCGCAGGCAAAGCAGCCGGCUUCAAAGUGAUAGGCUUGGCGACAACGCACACCCUGGACCAGAUCCGCGAGGCUGGUGCCGACUGGAUCGUGCAAGAUCUGCGGAGUAUCAAAGUCAAAGAUUUCGAUGGCGGUAUCAUCAAGCUUGCGGUCCACAACGCGGUGAUUGAUUAA